AUCUUGGGCAAUUCUUUAGAGACAAUUCCGCAAUUUCCCAACAAGAGGCGACAUAAGGUUUUUCCUAUUUUCUAUCAUGUCGAUCCAUCUGACUUGCGGAAACAGACAGGGAGCGUUAAACAAGCUUUUGCUAUACAUGAAAAUAAGUAUAAUAAAGAUAAGACACAAAGGUGGCGACAUGCUUUAUUUGAAGCGGCUGAUAUUAAUGGAUGGCAUUUAAAGGAUAGGUAUGAAUCAGAAUUUAUUGGAGUCAUCGUUAAAAAGAUAUCAACAAAGUUAUGUGAAAUACGUUCAAGUAUUCCUAAUAACUUGAUUGGAAUUCAUUCACGUUUGGAUAAGCUGUAUGACAAAAUAGACUUUGGGGAAGAUCGUGAUGUCCGCAUUAUAGGAAUUUGUGGAAUGGGUGGCAUAGGUAAAACAACUCUUGCAAGUGUUGUUUAUACGCAGAUGUCUGGUGAUUUUGAAGGUAAAUGCUUUCUUGAUAGUGUUCGAGAAGGUUUAAUGAAAUCCAGACUUAUUUCUUUGCAAGCACAACUUCUUUCUAAGAUAUUUCCUGGGGAAAAUUUCCAGUUUUCUAGUGUUUAUGAUGGAAUUGAAAUUAUAAGUCGUAGGCUACGUCAUAAAAAGGUUCUCGUUGUUAUUGAUGAUGUGGAUAACAUGCAACACUUCGAAUGCUUGGCUGCAAAGCGUGAUUGGUUUGGUUUAGGGAGCAGAAUCAUCAUAACAACUAGAGAUGAGCAUCUAUUGCAAGCCUACGGAGUGGAUGAUAUGUAUAAGCCUACAACAUUGAAUGCCUCCGAAGCCCUACAGCUUUUAAGUUUGAAAGCUUUCAAGAGUGAUACACCAAAAGAUGAUUUCAUGUCACUUUCCAAAAGUUUUGUGCAAUAUGCUGGUGGCCUUCCAUUAGCUCUUGAAGUUUUGGGCUCUUUUCUUUGUGAUAGAGGUGCAGUUGAAUGGAGAAGUGCCAUAGAUAGACUUAAAAGUGAACAUGAGGAAGAAAUUCACAAUCGUCUUAAAAUAAGCUUUGAUGGAUUAAAGGAAACAGAGAAGAAUAUAUUCCUAGAUAUCGCACAUUUCUUCAAAGGGUGGGACAGAGAUUUUGUAACAAAUAUACUGGAUGGCUGUGGGUAUCAUCCGGAUAUUGGACUAAAUGCUCUCAUCAAGAGAACUCUCAUAAGAGUUGAAAACAACAAAAUUUGGAUGCAUGAUUUGCUACAAGAGAUGGGAAGAAAUAUUGUUCGGCAAAAAUCUCUCAAUGAACCUGGUGAACGGUGUAGAUUGUCGGAGGAAAGUGAUGUAUAUCAUGUGCUAACACAAAACUCGGUUAGUAUUUCAUAA